UCCAAGUCUCGGCUACCAUUUGCAGCGAUGGCGCGGCGGCGCGCAUCGGCCGUCCGAUGGACCAAAGAGAUCACCAACUCGCAGGUCAUCCGUCUGAUCCAAGCCGAGCCCGACCCCCGCAAAGCCCUCCUCGUCUUCGACUCCGCCACCGCCGAGUACCCCUCCGGCUUCCGCCACGACGCCGCCACCUUCGCCCUCCUCUCCACCCGCCUCGCCGCCGCAGGCCUCCUCCCCGACGCCUUCUCCCUCCUCUCCCGCAUCCCCUCCGAGCUCGGCCACGCCCCGCCCGAGCCUGCUUUCGCCGCGCUCCUGCGCGCCCACGGCCGAUACCGCCGCCCCCUCGACGCCCUCCGCCUCUUCAGCAACGCACCUCGCCUCCUCCUCCUCCGUCCCUCCAGCCGCUCCUACACCGCACUCCUCAGCGUCCUCGUCGCCCACAACCGCCUCGACCUCGCCCGCCGCGUCUUUGCGCGCAUGAAGGCCGAAGGCGUCCCGCCCUCCGUCGCUUCCUACAACGUCCUCCUCAAGGCCCACUGCACCGACCCCGGGAGCGGCGCCGACGUCGACGCCGCCCUCCGAGUCUUCCGCAAAAUGCCGGAUCGCGGCUGCCCGCCGGAUACUUGCAGCUACAACACUCUCAUCGACGGCCUAUGCAAGAAAGGGAGGAUCGACGAGGCCAAAGAGCUCUUCCAAGAGAUGAUUCGCAAUGAAUCCCCCCCUAAUGUGGUUACCUACACUACCUUGAUCCACGGUCUAUGCCGCUCUGGCUUGUUGGCCGAUGCACUGGAGGUGUUCGACGAAAUGACCAACAGAGGGGUACAGCCUAAUGUAUUCACAUACACCUCAUUGGUGGAUGGUCUCUGCAAAGGAGGGCAGUCGACUACAGCAUUGGCAUUACUCGAUCGUAUGACGAAGGAAAGCUGCCCGCCAAAUGCCAUCACCUACACUGCCCUGGUUACCGGCCUGUGCAAAGAAGGGAGGCUUCAGCAGGCAUUGGAGAUUCUGGAUAGGAUGCGGUUGCAUGGUCGAAAGCCGGAUGCCGGAUUGUGCAGCAAACUCAUAGAUGGGCUGUGCAACUCCGGCCGCGCUCAAGAAGCUGCAAACUACCUCGACGAGAUGGUUCUCAGUGGGAUCGCGCCGAACCGUGUGACAUGGAGCCUCCAUGUGAGGAUUCACAAUGCAGUGGUCGUGGGACUGUGUCUUGCGGGUGACUCAAGUAGGGCGCUCCAGGUGCACCGGAGCAUGAGGAGCAGAGGCAUCUCCACUGAGCCAGAGACGUUUAACCAGCUUGUCAUUUGCUCCUGCAAGAGAGAACAUGUUCACAAGGCGGCAUCGGUUGUCGGCGAGAUGUUGCUUGAGGGCUGCAUCCCUAGCAGGGAGGCAUGGGGUGCUAUAGUUGGUGGUUAUUGGAAAAUAAGAGAGCUCGCGGAAGCAGCUCAGCAUGUUCUUGAUGAGCUCCUGGAGUAUGCCUCCCAUGAGCAUCCAUGAAGUAAUUUAAUUUUGCACUUAUUAUUCUUCUGAAAAAGGGUGAAAAAGUUGGGAGUUGGCAAAAUUUUUGGUAGGACCGACUGAUCAUGAUUUGCAUUCUGUGUUUUUUAUGAUAAUAUGGUGAUCUACAUUCACUUAAUGUUUAAUUUCAAAGUGUUGAAGAGAAUGCUCUCCAGAACAAUCCUCUGACUGGUAUGUCAAGAUCUUGUUUCCUACUCUCCAGAACAAUUUAGAGGUUGCCUCUUCCUUACAUUAGGUGGCCUUGUUUGAACUCCACCUUCCUGUUUUUAAUAGAGAGAUUUCUGGCUUGGCACCAGACAGAACUAAUAAGUGGCAACAACAUAAAGGAAAGGGGUCAGUGUAGUUGUUUGGCCCACCCGCUGCGCCUUUAGGUUCCAUGAAAAAGGGUAACGUCAAUGAAAUGGUCUACAAUCAUUGGCAACUGGUUUUU